AUGAACAAUCUUUACUGGCAAGUCACUGAAUCAAAAGAACCGGCUAUUAAACUGUAUCUUUAUAAUGCAUAUUACGACAACCGGAUUUGGGGCAAACCAGUAGUUAAGAUCAUUACGACAACUGAUCAACAAGUUGAAGUAGAAACCAGAAAAUGGUGGUGUUUGCUGUGGUUUGAUGAUUUUAAAUCACCUGUAUUAUCAAAGAUAACAGAUUUUUACACUGUUUUCCCUGAAUAUUGGAAUUUUGGAGUUGCUAAAGGAGUUUAUGGCCCACAAGUGGCAACUUGUGAAAUUCCAUCUAGUUAUAUUAACCAAGUUCCUCAAGCAAUUUCUAUUCAAGCAACAGCUGAAUGUUCUAAAAUGAACCCACAUCCUGACAAUGCCUUACGAGUAAUUUACAAUACGCGGAAAACGGGCAAAAUGAGCAAACCAAGCAUAGGAAUAUGUGUGCAAGCUUUUCGGUUUGGCACAUAUGACGUUAGUGUCCGAUUAGUGGAAUGGCUUGAAAUGGUUAAAUUAAUGGGUGCAGACCAGGUUUACUUUUAUGUGUAUGGUGCGACGCCAAAUAUGCUUAAAGUAUUAAAAUAUUAUUCAGAAAAAGAGAUUGGUGGCAAAUUUUGGCCUCAAGAGCUGCUAGAGCUCAAUGAUUGCUUGUAUCGAAACUUGUACACACACGACUAUGUUGCCAUUUUUGACAUUGAUGAAAUGAUCAUGCCUCAAACAGUUGACAAUUGGCACCAGUUGCUGGAAAAUGUGCAGCAAAAGCUUUCAAAUAAAGACAAAAAAGAAAAAGCAUAUUUUGUUAACAGACAUGCGUAA